UACUUCCAUUUUUACCCUCACCCAAAAAUAUCUCCCAACACCUCCUUCACACGUGAAUCGUGAUCUCCUAAUUUCUUCACUCCAAAUCCAACACCAAAUUCCUCUAAUAAAUCUACAAAAUUCCAGAUCAAAUUCAUUUCAUUUCAUUUCAAUUAAUUGUGAAUUUGUAAUUGUGAUCAUAAUUUCGAUCUGCAAUCAAUGGGAGAAGAAGUGAGAAUAACCGACUAUGACGUCAGCAACGACGACGAUGACGAUCGAGUUUCAGAGUGGGAGCUAGGGUUACCUACCGUCCAUGAUCUCAUGCCCUUGUCACAGUCGCUGGUUCCGGCGGAGCUAGCCACGGCGUUCAGCAUCUCGCCGGUACCUCACCGGACCAUGAUUGACGUCAAUCGCGCUUCGCAGAACACUCUAUCGAAUCUGAAAAAACCGUUCAAUAACGGUUUUUCCAACGGUUUGUCUAACGGUUUUAAGUCGUUUGGUGAGGAGAGAGCUGAUGAAAUGUUUAUCGAAGGUGAGGAAACGGUUGAUCUGACCGGAGACGGUUCGGAUAUGAGGAAAUUGAGGCGAGUUGACAGCGGUGGUGGCGGUGGUGGUGGUGGUGGUGGAGAGGAAGCUGAUUCGUCGACUAGGACGUCGAAACGACCGCGUUUGGUGUGGACACCACAAUUGCACAAGCGGUUUGUGGACGUUGUGGCGCAUUUAGGUGUGAAAAACGCGGUUCCGAAAACGAUUAUGCAGUUGAUGAAUGUUGAAGGAUUGACACGUGAGAAUGUUGCUAGUCAUUUGCAGAAGUAUAGAUUGUAUUUGAAGCGGAUGCAGGGGUUGUCGAAUGAAGGACCUUCGUCUUCGGAUCAUUUGUUUGCGUCGACUCCUGUUCCGCAGAGUUUACAGGAGUCUAGUGGGAAUGGGAAUGGGAAUGGGAAUAGUGUGCAGAUUCCGAUGCCUUAUCCGCCUCACAUGGUGCCUAUGCCUUACACGCAGCAGCCGCAGAUGGUGCAGGCGUUUGAGUCGCAUUCGCAUCCGUUUAAUAUGAUGAUGCACCAAAGGGAUUGGUCUGGGAAUAAGUAUGCUUAUCAGCACCGUAUGACUAAUGAUAAAUAGAAAAUAUAUGUAAUGUUAAAUGGAUAUUUAUCCAACCAAAAAGAGAGGUAUUGUGGUCCAUAAGGUAGUAUGGAGACCCCCAGUAAUAGUAUAAGGUUACGCAGACAUCAGCAACCAACUUUUUGCAGAUCAACGGUUUCAUUUGCUAACCAGACCCACAAAUCAAACUGGGCAUCGAGUGCGAGUUUGAAUUUGUUCAAGUGUUACAACCUACUGUGAUGAUGCGGGCUCCUGUGAAUGUCUGGUGGAAGAUGAGAUGAACCCUUGGUUUUCAUGUUCCGACUGCUGAGUUAACGUAUAGCAUGAUUGAUUAUCGAAAGAGUAACUGAAAUUGCAUAAAGGGCAGAAGCGAAAUAAAGUGCAUUCCUAAUUUCAAGUGGGAAAAUAGUUGGGAGCAGUAGAUGUAAAGCUUAUAUCUAUCUAAUUGUUUCAAUAGAAGGUUCAUUCUUGCUUGUUAUGAUCCUUCUCUCCAUUUUUGUCUUCAAGGAAAUAAAGUUUAAAUUUAGUAUUUAUCGCUAUUUAGACUUCAAUAUACAUUCAUUUCUCA